AUGCAGUCCUUCCUCGGAGGCGACAAGGGCGGGUCAUCGAAUCCGCUCAAGCAAAUCUCAGGCCGGGAGGGCACAGAUCGCAGCGUCUUUCGAGACCGGCACGCACCAGCGGGACCGCAGUCGUCCUCUCAGCAUGCCUUCAAUGCUCCGCAGGCCCAGCAGAGCAAUCAGCAGCUCGUGCACGCACAGACGCCCCAUCCGUUCAACCUAUCCCACCUGUCCUCAGCAUUGUCGUCCUCGACCGGCUCGUCCGCUCAAGUCCGCCCUCCAGCGCACUUCGAUCAGACUUGGUCUCAGCGACCGGUAGGGCCAGCUCCUCAGCGAUACGCCGACGCAGGCUGGAGCCAAGGCUAUUCUCAGUCUGCUCGGCCAGCCGGACCCUCCUCGGACUGGGCGAACGGAUUCACCGCUGAGGGCAAAGGCAAAGGCCGAGCCGAGCCGUACAUGCAACAGCAGCAGCAUCAGCCCCAGCAGGCGGAGCACUAUGACCCUUAUCGGUCGUCGCUGAACAUGGGAAUGGGAAUGGGGAUGGGCGGAGGGAUGGGCAUGGGCAUGGGGUACCAGCCCUCUUUCCAGCCCAUGUACACCGGCUAUCAGCAGCAGGCGCCUCAAGCCGCUGCGCGUGUGCAGGAGAUGACGGACAAGGAGCACGCCGAGAUGGAGGCGGCGUUCGAGAGGGCGUUUGAGGAUGCCAAGGUGGCCGAUCCGGUCGAGGUGGGAGAUCAGCAGGAGACUGCACCGCCGGAAGAAGAGAUCCGAGAGGCAAAGGGAGAGUUUGAUAAAGUCUGGGAGAGCUUGAAGCCAGAGGCGGAGAGGCUAGGGAAGCUGGCGGAGUGGGAGAAGGAGUUUUCACAGUUUACGAACGAUGAGGAUGAUCUCUUCGAGACUCUCAACGAUAGCAUCACUCGGAGUAAUAUCGGCCAGACCUCGCUGGACGACCAGCUCGAAUUCGGUUUGGGAGGCGAUCCGACUCUGGUCCGGCCUGAUUUGAUGGGCUACCUCGACCACGACGACGGAGUCCCCACCCAUCAGGAAUACCAGUUCCGCGAAUCGGCUUCCUCGAAAUACUCGGACCUCUCACCGGCGCAAGCGCUCAUCGUCGCUCGCGCGAUCCUGCAGACCGGCGGAUCGCUCACGGACGCCUCUGAUCUGCUCGAGACUUUCCUGCAGCGCGCCACGCUCGCCGAUCGGGCCGAAGCGGGCGUCGGCGAUGUUGAAGUAUGGACACUUUUGGGCCGGACGCACGCCAUGAAUGAAAAGGAGGAGAAGGCCUUGGCGGCGUUUGCGCAAGGCCGGGCAGCUAUUGAGAACAGCGGCGGGACGGUACAGCCCAUGACGGGGGAGCUCCUUACUAACCUCGCCAUCUCAUACGUCAAUGAAUCGCUCGACCUCGCGGCUCUGACUGUCCUACACCAAUACCUCACCCUCUCCGCGCCUCAACUUGCCGGCCCCAAGCCCCUCCGCUCCAAUAUCGCAUCCGACGCCGGCCCGUGGGUACUCCACCAGAGCCUGACGGAGCAGUACCUCGCCGUCGCGCGCCAUCAGUACGAGACCAAGGGCGAGGUGGAUCCGGACGUGCAGGUCGGACUGGGGACGCUGUACUACAUGAUGGGGGAGUAUGGGGACGCGAGGGGAUGUUGGGUGAAUGCCUUGGGUGAAAGGCCAGAUGAUUACUUGCUCUGGAACCGCCUCGGAGCGACUCUGGCGAACGGCGGGAACCCCGAAGAAGCUGUCGAUGCGUACAGGCGGGCACUGGAGCUGCGGCCGACCUUCACAAGGGCUAUCUUCAACCUUGGAGUCGCUUGCUUAAACAUCGGCGUUCACCGAGAAGCCGCUGAGCAUUUCCUGGCCGCUCUCUCCCUCCACGAUGACAAGGGUGAUAGUCCCAGCGGAGGCAAUGAUUCCGCAGCAUUGUGGGCUACGCUCAGACGUGCUUUUGCCGCUCUUGAUCUGAAUGACCUGGCCGCUCAGGCUGUACCCGGAGCAGAUCUCCAGAUCUUUCGAGCUGCCGGAUUUGACUUCUAG